GGGGAUUUCCUGUGCCCGCCCCACCCGCGCCCGCCCGGCCGCCGUCUCCGCCCGUCGCUGGCUCAGCAGCCGGCGGCUCCGACGAAGCGGAGGGCGGAGGGGAGGGGCCGGCGGCGCCCAGGAGGGAGGCACGGGCCGCAGGCCAAGCCGACCGGGGUCACAAUUUGGGUUUGCAGCAAAGAUGCUUUCAGAACAAACAGCAGUCCUGGGGACAGGAUGGGAGUCAAUGAAUGUCCAGCUGGAUGGAACAGAGCCUCAGGUGGAAAGGGGAAGUCAAGAAGAGGGGCCAUGGAGAACAGCACCAGGGCCACUGGAGCACCUGUGCUGUGACCUUGAAGAGGAGCCACAGUCCCUUCAGGAGAAGGCUCAGUCGGCCCCCUGGGUUCCUGCCAUUCCCCAGGAGGAGAGCACCGGAGAUUGGGAGAUGGCAGCUGCACUUCUUGCGGCAGGAUCACAGGGCCUGGUAACCAUCAAGGAUGUAUCACUGUGCUUCUCUCAGGAGGAGUGGCGGAGCCUGGAUCCUUCUCAGACAGACUUUUAUGGAGAAUAUGUCAUGCAGGAAAACUGUGGGAUAGUGGUCUCUCUAAGAUUUCCAAUUCCCAAACUGGACAUGCUUUCUCAACUAGAAGGAGGGGAAGAACAAUGGGUCCCUGACCCCCAAGACUUAGAGGAGAGGGACAUCCUGAGGGUCACAUAUACAGGAGAUGGCAGUGAGCACGAGGGUGAUACCCCUGAACUAGAAGCAGAACCUCCCAGAAUGUUAUCUAGUGUGUCUGAAGAUACUGUUCUCUGGAACCCAGAGCAGGAUGAGAGCUGGGAUUCCAUGCCCAGGAGCUCCAGAGGAAUGCUCCUGGGUCCACCUUUUCUUCAGGAAGAUAGCUUCUCAACCCUUCUAUGUAGCACAGAGAUGGAUUCCCUGUUAAGACCGCACACAUGCCCCCAAUGUGGGAAACAGUUUGUGUGGGGCUCCCACCUUGCCAGGCACCAGCAAACACACACUGGGGAGCGGCCCUACAGCUGCCUCAAGUGUGAAAAGAGCUUCGGGCGAAGACAUCACCUGAUCCGGCACCAGAAAACCCACCUACAUGACAAGCCCAGCAGGUGCUCUGAGUGUGGCAAGAAUUUCCGAUGCAACUCCCAUCUAGCCAGCCACCAGAGAGUGCAUGCGGAAGGCAAAUCCUGCAAGGGCCAAGAGGUUGGAGAGAGCCCUGGGGCUAGGAAACGGCAGCGGGCCCCACCAGUGCCAAAGUGCCAUGUGUGCACUGAGUGUGGGAAGAGCUUUGGCCGACGGCACCACCUGGUGAGACACUGGCUGACCCAUACUGGGGAGAAGCCCUUCCAGUGCCCUCGCUGUGAAAAGAGCUUUGGCCGUAAACAUCACCUGGACAGGCACCUGCUGACCCACCAGGGACAAAGUCCCCGGAGCAGCUGGGACAGAGGGACAUCUGUCUUUUGAGAUCUGUUUCUGCUGCAGCUGUGUCACAUCUAUCAGCAGCUGGUGCUACCAGGAGUCUCUCCCAGAGCUGCCCCUCUCCUGCACCCCAAUGGCCAGAAUCAUGAGCCCUGGCUCCAUGCCUGGAAAGAUGAGGUUCCAACAUUGGCCAGACAUUUCUCACCAGUUCUGUGAGAUACCACACAAGAUGAGUUCUUUGGGCAAAACUUUAGGAAACAGUGCUUACUACAUGGGCUGAUAUUCAGCCUGAGCCCAUUCUCAAGGGAGUUUAUUACUGAGGUCCAAGCCGAGUGGUUGGAGCCUAUGCUAUCCCAGUUAAAUAUUUGAGUACCACCUUUGUAUACUGUAACUAUUAUAUCCUCUCUCUAUAUAUAGAGAAAGACCAUAUUAGCAUAUUAAAGGCUCUGAGAACUUUCUGGGUACAGGGAAUUGUUAAGCCUCUUUUAAUGCAGUGUUUCCUAAAUUUAUUUGACCUCAGUAUCCUUUCUAUCUUACAUCCCACAGAACUGGUGACUCCAUGAAACACACUGGUGAACACUGGGUUAGAGAGUAAUGAGGAAACAGGAAAGAAAUAGUGAUCAGGUACCCAGAGUCCCCCUUUUUUUUAUCCAAAUGAAAGCUGAGGGGCAGACCUCAUUCCUGUGUGGGUCCAUCACCCUUAACCAGAUCAUCGAAAUAUACAUCCACACCUCUUACCCCUACCUCCUGAAAAAUAGAAACAAGAACCUUUUCACCCCCUAUUCCUACUCUCUUCAUCCUCUUCAUACAUAUAUCCAGCUGAGAGAUCACCCUACAUACAAUGCUAAGAGAUGGACUUAUACCCGCAAGUAACCCAGGCCCACACGGAAGAAAAAACUUUAUCCCCUUGAACAGACCCCUCUUCUCUUAUCUGUGUCUUUAUGUGUCUAUGUGUAUCUGUGUGCAGGGUCUUUGAAUUCAGAGAGCAUGCAAAGUGCAAACUGUACAAGCUAGAUUUUCUAGGGGCUGUUUUCUGGGGAUGAGGGUAGUAGGGAUUGUAUGGGAGUUUUUGUUUUGUUUCAAGAUAGGAAGUAAGCUGAGCAAUUAAGAGAGCCCUCAUGGAAAGGAUUAAGUGAUGGGUUAAGUUGUGGGAGUUGAGAUAUAAUGUCUUCCCCAGUAUUAGUGAGAUCAAGACAAACGUGGAUAUAUAUGUCUAGGUCUGACUCUCCUGGCCACAGAUUCUUUUGUCCUGGGAGGAGAAAGAAAGACCCAUCCUCAGUGAGGUGAGCUGUUUCUUGUUGAUUUCAAGUAAGUUGCAUAUAGAAGCUUCCUGCUUAGUGGGUUUCUUUGUCUUGUUUUAGUGCUGGGAAAUUAGGGCAGGAAUCACAGUGCUUGCAGGUUGUUGUCAUCAUUCUUAUUUGACCUUGAUUGCCUCAUCAAGGAGACAGUUUUUCUUGGGGAUCUCAUUCUCCCAGAAACAGAACUUGAGGGAAACUUGAGGGAAACUUGGUUUAGCUUUUCAGCUGAUGCAGGGUAAUGCAUUGGGUUUUCUUCCCAAUUCUGGACAGGUAUCCACACUAAGACUCUUAACUCCAGGACUUACAUAAGUAUUCUAACAUCUGUUGGUUGAUAAGUUGGUCAUUGUUUUGCUUUAUUGAUAAUGUGUUAAUACCAAGCUUAUAAUUUAAAAAUGAUCUUGUAUGUAAGAGCAGUUUGGGGUUAGGGAGAGAAAGGAGCAAAGUGGAUGAAAGUGGGGUAGUUUCUCUUUAAUGCUUAGACUCUGGUUUGUCCUUAACUUAUUUCUCAACCACAAUUGGUGGAAUUAUCUAGAGAGGCAAGAGGAAGUAAGCUGCAACAGUCUAGUUUAAUGACUGUCCCAUUUGCUUAGGAAAAACUGGGUGAAUCACAGCUCUUCAGAGUUCUGGACCCAGAUGGAGCUGAAAAUAGGGCCAUUUUGUUGACUUGGCUUCUUAGAGUGUAUAUGAGUUGAGCAGCCGAGCCCCUGCCUCCCUUCUGCUGCUCAGAGCAGCCUUCCUUCUUUGCUUGGAAUGUACUGUUCUUGCUUACGUUCCUAGUAAUAGAGCAAAAUGGCCAGCCCUUUAUAAGGUCCUCAGAGAAAGGAACAUUUUAGGAUUAGUAUUAGGAGAUACCCCAGGGACUAGGAGAGUAUUGGAUUCCAGUGGUAAAACUGGGCUAUACCAUUUCUUUUACCCUCCCACUACACCUCAUUCAUUAAUGCAGAUCAGCUCUAUGUAAGCAAUGGUUCAGAACCUGUUUUAGAUCAAAGACCCUUUUGAGAAUCUGAUAAAAACCAGAAACUCACUUUUUGAGAAUAACAGACAUUAGCAAUUCACUCUGCUUUAUAUAUACAUUUAGCAGGUUCAGAGCCUAUCCAUGGAAUCACUAAUCUGGGAUCAUAGGGAGUUACCCUGACCCAGGAUGGUCGUUAUAUAUUUGUGUCAAGAAUUACAGGGCAAGGAUCGCUAAGUAUUUUAAGGACUAAGAUAUCAGAGGCAAUAGGGGAUAAAGACAGAGUCUAGUCUUUAAUGACUACAAGAGUAUUGCUUACAUUCUACUUAUAUUUUUUAAAACGAUGACAUGCUAACAAAUCCAGCUCCUCACAAACUUUGUUUUAAAGACCUGUGGGAGGUGACUCCCUGUACUAUCAGAUUACACCUCUUAAUAACCAAAUGUUAACCUCCAGCCUUUGAUCUGUUUUAGUAAAUGUAAGGAGAGUAAGCGAAGCCCCCAAAGUGUGGGGGCAGUCGUAAUACCCAAAUGAAAGGCAUCAUGGAGUCUAAGGGCCUUCUGCAGAAAGGACAUCUUAGGGCAUUUCUGGUAUACCACUGUCUUCUCUACCUCGGACCAACACCACUUCCCUUGGAUGAAAAAUAAAAUAAGCAACAGCCAUCAGAUGGGUGAAUAGAUUUGAAUGAUUUGUCCCAUAGGGAAUCAGUCUCAAACUCCCAUCGUUCUCCCAACUUGCUUUGCCACGUGUCCACCCAUCCCCUUUAAAUAAAAAAACUGUCUCUGUGUUCUCUCUGGGCAAAUGUAAAAUGGGGAAGUCCAUCUUCAGAAACCUGUCACCUUUUCUUUCUGUGGUGCCUCUACCCUGUUCAGGGCCCAAGUGUCCUCCCCUUUCUAUUCCAUCAAAGUAUGUCUUCAAAGAAUCCCUUACACUGGAGGAGAUAACUCAAAGUAUUAGCUUUUCCCAGAGUCAUUUACAUUUUAAGCCUUAGCUCUGAUAGUAGAAGUGGAAAGAAAAAGUUUUCCCUUGUUUAGCUCCUUCCGGGAGCUAAAGGGGUGAUAAUUUGUGACAAAGUCCUUUUCUUUCCAGCACUUCUGCACUCAAACCACUGUUUCCUUAUUUCCAUCAAGGGCAAGGUGAGCCCUGACUCAGAACCAGAGAUGCCAGAAGAUAUGUUCUUUCCAUUCCUAUUCAGAUGAAUGCACUGGAUGGGGGUGAGUGAGGCUGGGCAGUAACAGAAAAGUGAAAUCUAUUCCCAUAUACCCCUUAGAGAUCCUGAGCUGGCAAAAUUUCCUUCUAUUCCUGGAGUGCUAUAUUAGGCCUUGGGUCUCAAAAGGUGGUCUCUGAACCAGCAACAUGGACAUCGCCUGGGAACUUGUUUUAGAAAUGCAAAUUCUCAGGCUCCAUCCCAAACAAACUGAAUCAGACACUCUGGGAGUGGAGCCCAGCAAUCAGUCUUCACUUGCCUUCAAGAAUAUCUGAUGUAUACUAAAGUUUGAGAAUCACUGGCUAGGAGAUUCAAGUUCCACUUCAAUCAGUGGUACCUCAUCCUCUUCAAAUGGGGAGAGAGGGAGGGAAAUCUUUAAACCCCUGCUGCCAGAUUUAUUUUCUGCAACCUCUCCAGGCUAGUUUCUCUUCAUUUCUGGUUCCCUUGAGUCCCAAGGUCUUCCCGCACCCUUAAAUCGGUGAAAGGACUGGGUUAGGCAACAAUUUUAGAAAUUGUGUGUUUGGGGGUGGGGGGCAACUACCAAUGUGCCGUGACUUACUGGGGCUAGAGCUUCUAAAAUGGGCCCUGAGGAUUCACGGGUCCAGAAAUCUGAAAGGAUAAAAAGGAGAAGAUACCUCAAAGAAAGGAAAUCCAAUGUAAAACUGAAAAACCAACAUCCAAGGAAAUGGUCCUCCUUUGCUAGUUAGUGGUCCUUAUCCAGGCCUAAUAAGUUGCCCUGGAGGCUUGCAAGGUGAAUAUUUAGCACAGGAUAGAGGGUAAGGCCAGCUCUCCCAAGCCCUUAAGGAACCAAGUUUUCCAACCUCACAAUUGCAUUGGAGACCAAUGAGGUACCAUGCAAGGGAUUUCUAACCAUGAAUUGGCAUACCCUAUGGACAAGGGCAACAGAAGUACUGGAGAGUCCCCAGGACACAAGAAAGAACCAGGCUCAUUUAGUAAUAUGUGACAGAAGUGAGAUUUGAACCCAGACUCCAUUUACCAGGUAGAGUUGUAAUCAAUUAAGCCAUGGCACCUGUGUCAAAAAUGCAUUUCCUGCUUGAAGAUUCUGUCCAAUUCAGGCUGCAAGAAGGGGCCUGUCUUGCAGGCCCUGGUCCUGUUACCUCUAGCUCCUCUCCUAACCAAACUCAUGAGGACAGACUGAACUAAAAUGACCACUCCUGUGGGGCUCUCCAAGGUCAAAAGGUUGGAGUGAACCUAAGUCUCUUUGGAGGUGAUCAGCUCCUCUCUCCAAGGUGGAGAAGCUUAGCUACAGUUUUCUUCAACUCCAGUCUUCAGGGUCUCUCUCUCUCUUGCUUUUCCAGUUACUGCCUUCAUUUUCCCAAUAAAUGGAGCUCCUCCUCCAUUCUUCACUCCCAUUUCUCUUUUUCAGUUGGUUUGGUUUAGUAGCUUUUCGUUUUGUUUUGCCUGGUGAAUGCUUCACCUUCCUAAGGAUAUGUGUUCUUCCUAAUCCCUAUCCUUCUCUUUCCAUCGUAGUUAUUGUCUUUAGGCUUCUAGCUAGUUCCGUUCCACUAUGAGCCCCUCCAUCCCUCUGCCUGCUGUCCAGUUUGUCAGCUGUAAGCCUACAAAGCAGGGUCAAGUACUCAUACUUCCCACUUUCUUCCCUCCAGUCCUUGGCUUGGCUCUAGCAGCUUAGCUGCCAUCUUACCACCCUGCAUCUCUUUCUCUCUCUCACCCUUCCCCACAUCCUAGCCUGGCUAAGAGGUUGUCCAUACUGCCAAGUCCAGGCCCUACACUCCAUUCCCUACAGGCUCUUCUUCCCUAGAUUUAGCUUCCAAAGUGGGUUUCUACUUUUUGCUACUUUAAUUUACUCAAUCUCUUCCUGUCUUUUGUGGCUCCUGAGAAUCCCUCUCAAUUUUAUAAGCCAUUUUUGGCAAUCUCACUAUGUGCCAGGCACUGGCUCUUCCAGGCCUGGGAAAUCAAGUAUGACCAUGGUCCCUGUACUCAGCAUGUUCCUCAACUGAGCCCUCCCCUGGCACCACUUUCCUGCCAUGUCUCAUGAUACUGCACACCAAGGCACACUCUUCCAGGAAGUUUUGGGAGUGUAUGCCCACUUGCCAUCCAACCCAACUGCUCUGUGCCUGCUGGAUUUCUAGCUCUUGUCUGACUUGAUUCCCUCUGAUGGACUGUGAAUUUCCCAUGGGUUACCCACUGGGGACCUUUGUCUGUAUCCUUAGGGGUCUCUAAUAUGCUCCCCAUGGUCCCUGUCAGUUGAAUAAAGGUCUUAUUGGCUGUGUCA